ACUUACUUAAAUUUGAUUGGAUUUCUUGUAGCUUUUUUUUUUUUGGUCAAAAUGCAGUUAACAAGAAGUGUUUUGUGUUGCAGGUAUGUUCUGGGAUACAUGCACUGAAUUUAGAAGGAGGAAAGAAUAAUCUUUAGGCCAUCUUUUUUUCACAAGGAAACAGGAACUUUGCUAAUGACAGACACAGGAGCAGGACUUGACCAAAACCAGUAAAUGGUCAUGCUAACACGUCUACUGUUCUCCAUCAGUAAAAGCUAAUAGUUGAACAAGAGUGUAUGGAUAUAAAACUCAAAAAUAGUAAUGUACUAUUACAGAUAUUUAAAUCACAUGUUGAAGGGCAAAUUUCUCCAUCGGAUGCACAGCAAGAUGUGUUUCAUUGUUACAGAGACAAUAUUUUUUGUGGCGUAUUUGUUUCUUGGAUUAUCCUUUAGUCUUAAGUUUUUUGCCUGAAAGUACAACAAACAAUGUGAAAAUGUACAGGGUCUCAGAGCACCAACGCCCUAUAUUUUGAACAGGUGGUUUUUAUACCAGCUGCAGAAAAGAUCUGUAAGUGCCUUUCUUAAGGCAAUGCUGAGUUUCUGAGCUGCGGAAUUUCCUCCUUAGCUGUGCUGAAGUCUUGGGUGUGGAUGCGAAUUCCCCAAGAAGUGUGGGAGACUUCAUAUUUGUUUUCCUCAGUUACGCUUAUCUCCACUAACAGUGCAUGAAAUUGGCAGUGACCCAGUGCUCAUGUUCUCCCCCUCGUUUACCUGUACUUUACACAUUAGUAGUCGUUUAUCUCUCCAGGUGUGAAAGGAGUUUGCUGUUCUUCCAGUAGCUAGGUUUUCAAAUGAGAAAGAAAACAUUUUACCUGUCAGAGCUUUAGGGAAGGUUUGCUUAUAUUGUGCGCUAUUUACUGUUGGUGUUAGCAUACUCUAGUGUAAAGUAUGUGUAAACAAUGUAAAAUCAAGCUAAAGCGAGGGUUUCUGUUCUCUUACAGAGAUAAGUUAUUAAGUCCUGCACCUGCAGGUUUCUCUCGUUCUUUGUGCCUUGCGGUAGAGAGAAACAUACUGUAUUGGUGGGAGCAAGUAAUGAAAGAAAGAAGUGCAAGUGCAGUAUAGGCAUUGGAUGGGACUGGAUACCAACUAGGAAAAAGGGGGAGAGGAUACGAUAGAGAGGAGGAGAAGCCAGUCCGGUGGGGCCAGUCUGAAGAAAAGGAUGAAAUGCAGCCCAGAAGAAAAUGUUUUUGUCUUUAGUAAGUUAACAUAUUCCUGGUUUAGCAGACUAAUAUCUAUAGGCUAUAAGAAGCCAUUGGAGAGGGAUGACCUAUUUGAACUGAAUGAAGGUGAUUCACCAUACAGUGUGUGUCCUAACUUUGAAAAGCAAUGGAGGAAGGAAGUGCAAAAGUCAACCACGGGAUUAAAGGCUUCUUACAUCAAAAGAAUGCUAUUUAAGAAAACAAGUUUCUGUAAACCAUCUCUGAUCUUCCCGCUGUGGCAAACAUUUAAAUUUUUGUUGAUUAAAGUUGCCUUUCUGAAAGUUACAGCUGAUAUUCUGGCUUUCAUGGGUCCCCAGAUAAUGAAAGCACUGAUAACUUUGAGUGAAAAUCGUCCUGGUUCACAUAGGAGUGGAUAUGGCUAUGCUAUUGCCCUUUUUUUUGUAGUUCUCUCGCAAACUCUCCUCCAUCAGUUAUACCAGCGUAACAACAUGCUUACUGCAGUAAAAAUCAAGACUGCAGUUGUUGGCCUGAUAUACAAAAAGGCCUUAACUUUAGCGAAUUCCUCACGUCGAAACUAUACAACUGGAGAAAUUGUUAACCUGAUGUCAGCAGAUGCUCAGCAACUCAUGGAGCUCACUGUAAACCUCAACCUCUUGUGGUCAGCACCCUUUCAGAUCCUCAUGGCUGUCAUCUUUCUCUGGCAAGAACUUGGCCCCUCUGUCCUAGCAGGUGUUGCAGUGCUUCUUUUGGUUAUACCUAUAAACGCGCUUGUUGCAGCCAAAGUAAAACGUCUGAAGAAAAGCCAAAUGAAGUAUUCAGAUCAACGAGUCAAACUACUAAGUGAAAUGUUACAUGGAAUAAAGAUUCUCAAACUUUAUGCAUGGGAACCUUCAUAUCAAAGGAAGGUCAUGAGCAUUAGAGAACGUGAAGUAGACGUUUUGAAGUCAUCUGGAUAUCUGGCGACUUACUCCAUGCUAACAUUGACGUGUAUUCCUUUUAUGGUCUCAUUGGCUACAUUUGGAGUCUUCUUUCAUCUGGAUGAGGAGAAUGUUUUAACAGCAGCUAAAGUUUUUACCUCUAUUUCUUUAUUUAACAUUCUGCGACUGCCAUUGUUUGAUUUACCAUCUGUCAUCUCUGCUGUAGCCCAGACCAAAGUUUCUCUGAGCCGUUUAGAGGAUUUUCUGUAUGCUGAGGAUCUUAAUCCUGAAGAUGUCAACACAAACUACAGUGGAAAUCAUGCUGUUGGAUUUAUUGGUGCUUCUUUCCGCUGGGAUACAAGUGGCCUACCAGUCUUAAAAAAUCUGAGCGUCAGCAUUCCUGAAGGCUCUUUAGUUGCAGUUGUGGGACAAGUUGGAUCUGGAAAGUCAUCUUUUCUUUCUGCUAUUCUUGGAGAAAUGGAGAAACUUGAAGGAACAGUUCAGAGACGAGGGUCAGUGGCUUAUGUUUCUCAGCAGGCUUGGAUUCAAAAUGCCGUUUUACAGGAAAAUAUUCUCUUUGGCUCAGAUCUUAAUAGGCCAUACUAUGAGCAGGUUUUAGAGUCUUGUGCUUUACUCCCAGAUUUGGAGCAGUUACCAAAUGGAGAUCAAACAGAGAUUGGAGAAAAGGGUGUUAAUAUAAGUGGAGGGCAGAAGCAGAGAGUGAGUCUGGCUAGAGCAGUAUACAGCAAUGCUGACUUAUAUCUGCUGGAUGACCCCCUAUCUGCUGUAGAUGUACAUGUGGGGAAACAUCUUUUUGAGAAGCUGAUUGGGCCGUCAGGUCUCCUAAAAAGCAAGACUCGUGUAUUGGUGACACACAACCUAACCCUCCUGCCUCAGACUGAUCUUAUAAUAGUAAUGGAAGAAGGCAGGAUAAGUCAAAUGGGGACUUACCAAGAACUGAUUUCAAAGAGAGCUAACUUUGCUGAGCUUACUCAAGUCUUCACUACAAAGAACAGAAGUGAAGAGACAACCCCAGUGAAAGUGAGUUCUUCAAGAGAAGAGGGUCAGCUAGGCAAGAGUCUGCCACAAAGAGAACUUUUGAAACAUACAGAUCCUUCCUUUGAUCAAUGGAGAACGCACACAAAGAGUAAAGAAAAAGUUGCCACAGGUGGUAUGAAAAUGGCAAUUGUUUUGAAAUACCUGCAAGCUUUUGACUGGCGAUGGGUGUGGCUAACCAUAGCUGCUUAUUUAGGUCAGAAUGCACUAGCUAUUGGACAAAAUCUGUGGCUUAGCUCCUGGACUGCAGAAACAGCAGAAGUUAAUGAUUUCACAGAAUGGAAACAGUUGCGAAAUUAUAAACUUGGUAUCUAUAGCCUUUUGGGAUUCAUACAAGGUCUUCUUGUUUGCUGUGGUGCAUAUGCGCUCAUCAGAGGAUCGCUUUCUGCUUCUCGGGCAUUGCAUCAUCAGAUGUUAGACAGUGUAUUGCACCUUCCUCUUCAGCAUUUUGAAACUAAUCCAGUCGGUCAGAUCAUCAAUAGAUUCACAAAGGACUUAUUUGUAGUGGACAUACGCUUUCAUUACUACUUACGAACUUGGUUAAAUUGUACACUAGAUGUUAUUGGAACCAUUCUAGUUAUCACAUCUGCCUCGCCACUAUUCAUAGUGGUAGUUAUUCCCCUGGGAUACUUGUACUUCACUAUCCAACGCUACUACAUAGCGAGUUCACGACAGAUUCGACGGCUAGCUGGAGCAUCACAUUCUCCUGUGAUCUCCCACUUCAGUGAGACUCUCUUAGGGGGAUCAACGAUUCGAGCAUUUGGCCACCAGGAAAGAUUCAUUAGAAAAAAUACUGAUGUCGUGUACGAGAACUUGGUUUACUUCUACAACAAUGUCAUCUCAAACAGGUGGCUAUCUGUCAGACUUGAAUUUCUAGGCAGUUUAAUGGUGUUCUUUGCUGCACUAUUUGUAGUACUGGCUGGAAAUACAGUGAAUUCUUCUACAGUGGGUUUAUCCGUAUCAUACGCUCUAAAUAUAAUUCAGAGUCUAAAUUUCUGGGUGCGUAAAGCGUGUGAAAUUGAGACCAAUGCAGUUUCAAUUGAAAGAGUUUGUGAAUACACAAACAUGGAUAAAGAGGAACCCUGGAUUACUUCGAAAAGGCCACCCAUGGGAUGGCCCAAUAAAGGCAUAAUAGAGUUUAUUAACUAUAAGGCUCAGUACAGGAAAGAUGUUGGUUUAGCCUUGGACGAUGUCUCUUUCCAGACGAAGAGUAAAGAGAAGGUUGGAAUCGUUGGAAGAACAGGAGCUGGUAAAUCAACACUCACAAAUUGCUUGUUUAGAGUUCUAGAAGGAGCUGGAGGCAAAAUAAUUAUUGAUGGAAUUGAUAUAUCCACUCUUGGACUCCAUGACCUACGUGGAAAUCUUAAUAUUAUUCCACAGGACCCCAUCUUGUUUUCUGGGACAUUGCAGUCAAAUUUGGAUCCACUUGGAAAACAUUCUGAUCUUGAACUGUGGGAGGCACUGGAACUGUGUGACUUAAAAGAUUUUGUUCAGUCACUCCCAAAUAAGCUUCUUCAUGAGAUUGCAGAAGGCGGUGAAAACCUAAGUGUUGGGCAGAGGCAGCUGGUCUGUCUUGCCCGUGUUUUGCUACGAAAGACAAAAAUUCUGGUCUUAGAUGAGGCAACAGCUUCCGUUGAUACGGAAACAGAUAACUUGGUGCAGUCCACCAUCAGAAGAGAAUUUUACAACUGCACAAUACUAACUAUCGCCCACAGGUUACAUACAAUCAUGGAUUCAGAGAGAGUGCUUGUUCUGGACAUGGGAAGAAUUCUAGAAUUCGAUACACCACAUAAUUUAUUACAACAGAAAGGUGCUUUUUCUAAAAUGGUCGCAGAGGCUGGGAUAACAAGAUAAAGGAACCUAAUGAAUGGAUUCUUAACUCCAGUCAACGCUCUAGGGACAUGCGUUGUUCCUGAUGUUGUAAGAGGCUAGCUUCCUUGAAGGCUCCUCCCGUUGCUAUUUACUACUGCCAAAAUCUGUAUAUAUUGAUCAGAUUUCUUAAAGUAACUGUUAUCUUUUUAUACAUAUCACUUACUUUGAUCAUACUGGUACUGGAAUAAUAUAAUGAAACAAUGAUUUUCAUGGCAUGUUUUAAACGUUGCACUAGCGAAGACGGUAAAAAUAUAUCU